AUGGAGUCCGCGUCGAACUCCAGCUCGGAGGAGUCGAUUUUUCACGAGCAGACGCGAAAACUCUACCAACUCUGCGACGAGGAUGGCCUAGGGACCAUCGGAAAGGACAAUUUGAACGCGCUCGUCGAAUUGAUACCGCCCGAUGAUUUGCUGAAAAUCCGCAAAUUCAUCGGCGAUCAGCGCGUCAACGAAUCGGCGUUCUGUCGAAUUCUGAAGACCAUCGUCAAUCAGAGUUUGAUUUCGCCGGAAUCGUCGAUGGUCCCGAGCCAUCUGAAGGCGAAGAGUCUCGACGACGAGAUGCGCGAACUUCAAUCCGAUCCUGUUGACGAUCCGAUAACCGAGAUGUUGAGAAAGGAGCUCGAGGAGAUCAAACAGUUCGAGUCGAACGCCGACGACGUCUCACAACUUCCAGACGUCAUUAUAAAGAAGCCUUUGUAUCGUCCAAUUGAGCCCGAAAUGAAUAUUCCGAAGGUGUCGUCGUUGGCCGAUGAGCUGCACGCGAUUGAGAAUGGCGGCGGCGGCGGCGGCGAUGGAAAUGAUGGUCCGCAGGAGCUCGUCCAACCCGAUCGCAUAUUCAAAGUGGUGUUCGUCGGCGACUCGGCGGUUGGCAAAACGUGCUUCCUGCACAGAUUCUGCCACAAUCGCUUCAAACCGCUGUUCAACGCGACGAUCGGUGUCGACUUCACGGUGAAGACGAUGAAAAUCGCGCCGAAUCGAACGAUCGCAAUGCAAUUGUGGGACACCGCAGGACAGGAGAGAUUCCGGUCGAUCACCAAACAAUAUUUUCGAAAAGCCGACGGCGUUGUGCUGAUGUUCGACGUCACCUCCGAGCAGAGUUUCCUCAACGUGCGCAAUUGGAUCGACUCGGUGAAGGCCGGCGUCGACGAGACGACGGUGAUGUGUCUCGUCGGCAACAAGGUCGAUUUGUUCGGCAACGACAUCACCCGCAAUUCGGUGUUUCGCGCCGGCGAGAAGUUGGCCAGCGAGUUUCGAAUUCAAUUCUUCGAGACGAGCGCUUACACCGGCUAUGGCAUCGAGAAUUGCAUGCGGCAAAUGGCCGAAAGCCUUCAACGUCGCGAGGACAACCAUUUGCAGGAGGCGUUGAAGCUCGACAUGCAGCCAAACGUCAAGAGUCGAAGCUGGUGUUGCAUUUGA